AUGGCCUCCAACGACUACUACCAUGUCAACAAACCGCCCGCGGCAGCGUCUCCUUCGCCUGCUCCCUACUACGGCGGGGGGGUGUACAACAACAUCCCUUCCACCAGUUCCACGCCCGCCCCUCCCUAUAGCUCAAUACCAAACGCGCCCGGUGCCAGCCAACCACCACCGCGCCAGAACACCGUAUCUCCCUUUGAGAGCGUCUUUGACGACCACGUCUACCCAGUAGAUUCGACCCAGGACGGGUUUCGACACAACAGCCACACCCAGAGCCCCCAUAACAUGAACAGUAUGAACGUGGAGCCCCAGCGCAUGAACACGAUGAACACGGUAGACACCGCCUACGGUGGCCACGGCCAAACGCCCUACAACCCGCACGACAUGCAUCAACCAAAUCCCUACGCGCAGCAGGACACGGCCUACUACAGUCAAUCUUCCAUCUCCCCUGAUGCCAGCAGACAGAACGUAGCCGACGAUAUUCCCCUGCAGAGCCGGCAGCCAACGCAGCCGCACAAGGACGUGGAAAUGAACGACAACGACCACGUGUACGAUGCACCCCAGGGUUCCCGACGGUCCAAGAGCCGGCGCGACAAGAAGAAGGUCGGCUUUGGCCAGCUCGGCAUGUUUGGCGCCGACAGGAAGGGUAUUCCGUGGGUGGUCUACAUUUUCACAUUGGUCCAGGUUGCAGUCUUCAUAGCUGAAAUCGUCAAGAAUGCCCAACUGACGGGUUCUCCCAUCAUGACGAAGCCCUCCUUCAACCCCAUGAUCGGACCUUCGACGUACGUAAUGAUCAACAUGGGCGCUCGCUACGUCGCCUGCAUGCACAAUGUCAAGGGCAUCCAAGAUUUGGGUCAGCCCAUAACCUGGCCUUGCCCGAACUCGACCUCGAACGAUGCCGCCAACCCCUCGAAUCAGUGCGGUCUGAGCGAUUUGUGCGGCUUUGGCGGUGUGCCCGAGCCUACGUACACCGACAUCAACCAGUCGCCGGAGCCUAAUCAGUGGUUCCGCUUCAUCACGCCCAUAUUCUUGCAUGCGGGCCUCAUCCAUAUCGGCUUCAACCUGCUUCUGCAGAUGACCAUAGGGAAAGAGAUGGAGAUAGCCAUCGGUUCGAUUCGAUUCUUCUUGGUCUACGUGAGCGCCGGUAUCUUCGGCAAUGUCAUGGGAGCGAACUACGCCGGCGUCAUGGCGGCAUCAACAGGUGCUUCAGGUGCGCUGUUUGGUGUUAUUGCCCUCACUCUGCUCGAUCUUUUGUAUUCCUGGAAGGACCGACGCAGCCCCGUUAAGGAUCUGAUGUUCAUCCUGCUGGACAUUGUCAUUUCCUUCGUCCUGGGGCUCCUGCCAGGUCUCGACAACUUCGCCCAUAUUGGCGGUUUCUUGAUGGGCCUGGCGCUUGGCGUCUGUGUCUUGCAUUCCCCUAACUCGUUGAGACGGAAAAUGGGAGCCGAAGACCCGUCGUACGCUUCAAUGCAGCUUAACCCUAACCAGGGCCCGCCUCACUUCUUGAAGAACCCGGUCGGGUUCUUUAAAGGUCGGAAGCCGCUCUGGUGGGCAUGGUGGUUGGUCAGAGCCGGCUUUUUGCUGACCGUCGUCAUUGUCUUCAUCGUCUUGCUCAACAACUUCUACAUCUACCACAACACUUGCAGCUGGUGCAAAUACCUCAGCUGCAUUCCUGUCAACAACUGGUGUGAACUCGACAAUUUUAAAAUUACUUCAUCUUAA